AUUGAAUUGAAUACUUUAUUUAAGUAUCAAAAAUAUGAUUUGUAAUUGAUCAGUUCAAAAGUAACAAUCGUCAUGAAUUCUUUAAGAUUUUCUACCAUUAUCUUGGUAAUUUUUUCAAUUUUUCAAGUUCAAGGUAAAGUUUAUACAACUUCAAAUAAUAUUACAUAUUAUAUAGAGGAUCAAUAUGCGUUUACCUGGUACGAUGCCCAUCUAGAAUGUAGCAGCAGAGAUAUGGCUCUUUUAACCAUUGAUAGUAAGGAAAAAUAUGAUGAUAUUUAUGAGCUAUUGAUCGGUGGAACAUUUUACCAUAAACCUCCCCAUCUUUGGAUUGGAGCUAUUGGUAUUAAUAAGAAAUUUGCCUGGAUUUUAACGGGUAAACCUAUAAUUCCCUCAUUUUGGUGCAAUAUUUGCCCAAAUAAUUAUCCCAAUAAUGAAAAUUGUGUAGAAUUCUGGGGCGAUGAGCGUGGUUUAAAUGAUUUAAAUUGUGGUUCUAAAAUUGGUUUCGUUUGUGAGGAUCGUGUUAUACAAAAAGAUUGCGAGAGACCUAUUUUCGAAAUUGCGGAAGUUAUUAUUAAUUGUGAAAAGAAACAAAAAAACUAAACUUUUAAUAAGAGAGUUUAGUUUUAAGAAAAUUAUACCAAAAUAUUUAACUUUAAAUGUUGGAAACAGUAAUUUAUUUUGAGUUAUUCAAAUUUACUAUCUUUUUUAUCUACUUUAAAUUUCAUAAAAUAUAAACAUUUUAAUCUGAAAUACAAAAAUAAGGGAUUACUAGCCUAAUGUAUGAACUAUAA